AAUCCUCCUAGUCCAGAAGACCCAAAGUUUACACUUUGGGAUGAAGAAGACUCCAUGAUUAUGUCAUGGCUAUGGAACUCUAUUAUGCCAGAAAUUUAUGGGCCUUAUAUGUUUCUGGUUACAGCAAAACAUAUGGGAUGCAGUGAGACAAACCUACUCUAAAGUGAAGGAUGUUGCGUUAAUCUAUGAGAUUAAGAUGAAGCUUUCAAUGACCAAACAAGGUAAUAUGAUGGUUAUUGAAUAUUACAAUACUAUGAAAAGUUUCUGGUUGGAAUUGGACUAUUAUCAGGAUUUUAAGAUGCAGUGUAGUGAUGAUGCUGUGAUUUUAAAGAAUUAUGUAGAAAGAGAAAGGAUCUUUGAAUUUCUUGCAGGACUCAACAUAGAAUUUGAUCAAAUGCGAGUCCAAAUACUUGGAAAGGAAUCCCUGCCCUCACUCAAUGAGGUAUUUUCAAUAAUAAGAGCUGAAGAAGGAAGGAGAACUGUGAUGCUUGAGGUCCCAAAUACUAAAGGUUCUGCUAUGAUGAUAACUAAUAGAAAAAACCUAAGUGAUGCUAGCAGAAACCAAAAUGAUGAUGAACCAAUGAAGUUGUACUGUGACAAUAAGUCUGCCAUUGCAAUAGCUCACAAUCCAGUACAACAUGAUAGAACUAAACAUGUGGAGGUAGACAAACAUUUCAUCAAAGAAAAGUUAGAGAGUGGAUUGAUAUGCACUCCCUAUGUACCUACUGGAGAACAACUUGCUGAUAUACUUACUAAAGGUGUUUAG